AAUGUCAAUUGACAAAAGAAUUGAUAAUGCUGCACUUUCAGCUACUUCAAUUGUUCAAAUUUUUGAUAAUGAUACCAAUAAUAGUUCAUCAAUCAUGCAAAUUCCUGAUAUCAAUAAUUCAAUUCAAAUACAUGACAUUAUGCUUUACCUUCCAUUUCAUGUGGUGGUAUUGACAAUAUCUAAAUUAAGGAAUCGCCUAGAUCCUGAAACAUCAUGA